UAGUACUAAACACUGGAAAGCUGUUGUGUCAUCGUGGCCUUGGAUCAUCCUGUAUUAUAGGAAAUCCCCAGAGUUCAAACAGCUUCUUAAGGGAUGAAAACAAGAAGGAGAAUUUGAAAGGACCGAGAUGAAAGAUUCUGCCAGGACUGUAAGACAGCAGGGGUACAAUUCCACACAAUUCCCACCACCAGAGUUCUGUAUCCCAUCCCCUUCAUUAGAAGCUUCCCUGUUCUUUACACCUCUGGGAGUAUGGACCAAAGAUCUUUAUGGAAUGCAGAAGGUGGAAAGUCUGGCUUCUGUAAUUGCUUCUUUGCUGAACAUGGACUUUGGCAGGUGCAUAUCUAGAAUGGGGAACUGGAAGACAUUUUGGGUGAUGCUCUUUGUUGCAUCGAGUUUUGCUUUCGCCAAGUCACAGAGAAUUGUGUGCAGGGAGGCCUCUGUGGGAGAUGUCGUGUUCCUGGUGAAUACCAACGUCAAGCCCGCAUACACCCGCAGCCUGCGGAACUUCUUGUACCAGCUGGUGGCGAGCCUCAAUGUCAGCAGAGAGACCAUUCGCAUAGGGCUGGCCCUGUACAGUGACACACCACAGUCUGAAUUCCUGCUUUCCACCUACCAACACAAAAACAAAGUGUUGAAGCACAUCCAGGGGCUACAGUUUAAGCCUGGAGGAAAUAAGAUGGGCUUGGCCCUGCAGUUCCUCCUAGAUCAGCACUUCCAGGAAACUUCUGGGAGCCGGCCAGGCCAGGGUGUGCCCCGGGUGGCCGUAGUGAUCAGCAGCAGAGCAGUGGAGGACCGAGUCCAGGAACCCGCAGCGGCACUGAGGAGGGCAGGCAUCCUGCUGUAUGUGGUGGGCAUCAGAGCUGCAGUCUCCACAGAGCUGAGGGAGAUUGCAAGCAGUCCUGCAGAGAAGUUUGUCUCCUUUGCUCCCAACUUCCCUGUUCUAAGCGGUGUGCUCCAGAAGUUACGCCAAGAGCUCUGUGACACCUUAGCAAAGGCAACUAAAACUGUUGAUCAGGUCUCUCCAGCCUGCAGAGAAGCAGUCCCGGCAGACAUUGUGUUCUUGGUAGACAGCUCAACUAGCAUUGGACCCCAGAACUUCCAGAAAGUGAGGAACUUUCUUCGCUCUCUUGUCUUGGGACUAGACAUCAGCAGUGACCAGGUCCGAGUGGCACUUGCGCAAUAUAAUGAUGACAUCUACCCGGCCUUUUCACUGAACCAGUCCCCUCAGAAGAGCAUGGUCCUGGAGCAGAUCCAGAACCUCCCCUACCGAACAGGAGGCACAAGCACAGGCAGCGCCCUGGAGUUUGUCAGGACCAGCUACUUGACUGAGGCAGCGGGCAGCCGAGCUAAGGACAGGGUUCCUCAGAUAGUCAUGCUGCUGACAGAUGGGGAGUCCAGUGAUGACGUCCAGGAGGCAGCCGGCAGAUUGAAAGAAGACGGGGUGGCUGUGUAUGUGGUAGGUGUCAAUGUUCAGGAUGUCCAGGAGCUGCAGCAAAUAGCCAGCGAGCCGUUUGAGAAGUUUCUCUUCAACACCGAGAAUUUCCACAACCUGCAGGACUUCUCAGGAAGCAUCCUUCAGACUCUGUGCUCAGCAGUGGAGGGUGAAAUGAAAGAAUUCACCAAGACCUAUGCAGAUGUGGUCUUUCUGGCUGAUACAUCACAGGCCACAUCUCAGGCCAGUUUCCAGUGGAUGCAAACUUUCAUUUCUAGAGUGGUGGGCUUGUUGGAUGUCGGCAGGGACAAGUACCAGAUUGGGCUGGCUCAGUACGGUGGUCAAGCACACACUGAAUUUCUGCUCAACAGCUACCAGACCCAGGAAGAGAUGCUCGCUCACAUCCGCGAGCGCUUCGUGCUGCGAGGCGGCUCCAGGAGGACAGGCGGAGCUCUGCGGUUCCUUCUUCAGACCUUCUUCCGGGAAGCAGCAGGAAGUCGAUUCCUCCAGGGUGUCCCGCAAUAUGCAGUGGUCAUGACGUCAGGCAAAUCUUCAGAUGAAGUGCAGGAUGCUGCCCAGAGCCUGAGGGAGAAAGGAGUGAAAGUCAUGUCUGUGGGGAUACAGGACUUUGACAGGAGAGAAUUGGAGGAGAUGGGCUCCUCAUCCCUUGUGUAUGAGAUGCAAGGACAAGAGGGAGCCAGGCAGAUGAUGCAAGAUGUGGGCAUGGUGCUUCAAGGCAUUCGGCAGCUUGGUGUCGGGAUGGAAGCAGAGAAAGCCUGUCCGACACCUACCCUUGCUGACUUAGUAUUCCUCAUUGAGGAAUUUAGCAGCACCAGGCAAUCUAGUUUCCAACAGGUUGUCAAUUUCUUAAAGACGACCGUCAAAUCUCUGAGCGUUCACCCAGAUGUUGUGAGAAUGGGCUUGGUCUUUUAUAGUGAGAAACCACGACUGGAGUUUUCACUGGACACAUAUCAGAAUCCAGCCCAAAUAUUGGAGCACUUGGACAAAUUAACCUACCGGGGAAGAAAAGGAAGGGCCAAGGCUGGCACUGCUUUGGAUUUCCUAAGGAAUAGGGUUUUCAUUCAGGAGAAGGGCGGCCGGUCCCACUACGGUGUGCAGCAGAUAGCGGUGCUCAUUGCGGAAGGCUCCUCCCACGACAACGUGUCCAGACCUGCUUCUCUCCUCCGCAGGACAGGGGUCACCAUCUAUACAGUGGGCACUGAGCUUGCCUCAGAGAGUAAGGAUCUGGAGAAGAUAGCCUCAUAUCCUCCUUGGAAGCAUGCCACCCCCCUGGAAUCCUUUUUGCAGCUCUCCGUUGUAGGAAAAAUGAUUAAGAACCAGCUGUGCCCCAAGUUCAUGGUGAGAGGGCCAUCCAUUUCUAGCAUGGACUCUGAUGUACAAAAAGGGUGUAUCCACAUUGAGAAGGCAGAUAUCUACUUCCUCAUUGAUGGGUCUGGCAGUAUCAACCCAGACGAUUUCCUUGAUAUGAAGACAUUUAUGAAUGAGAUGAUAAAAAUGUUCCAGGUUGGGCCUGACAGAGUACGGUUUGGAGCUGUGCAGUACUCAGAGGGAGAGAGCACCCACUUCAUCCUCGGUCAGCAUCCCAGCGUGACAAGGCUGAAGGAGGCUAUUGAUGGCAUCCAGCAGAGAGGAAGUGGCACGCUGACAGGCCAGGCCUUGAGUGCCAUGACUGAGAUCUUUGCAGACACUGCUCGCAGCAAUGUGCCUCGGUAUCUCAUAGUCAUCACUGACGGGAAGUCUACAGACCCGGUGGCCAAGCCGGCAGAGGCACUGAAGGGAGAUGGAGUCGUCAUUUAUGCGAUUGGUGUCAGAAACGCCAAUGAUACUGAGCUUAAGGAGAUAGCUGGCGACAAGGUGUUUUUCGUGUAUGAGUUUGAUGGCUUGAAAGCCAUCCAGAAGGAAGUGGUAAAGGACAUCUGCUCCUCAGAAACCUGUAAGAACAGGAAGGCUGACAUUAUCUUCCUGAUCGAUGGUUCCGAGUCUAUCUCCUCAAAAGACUUUGAGAAGAUGAAGGGAUUCAUGAGAAGGAUGGUGAACCAGUCUACUAUUGGUGCUGAUGAAAUUCAGAUUGGCCUUUUGCAGUUCAGCUCUUACCCACAGGAAGAAUUCAGGCUCAACCAGUACUUCUCUAAAGAGGACAUUCACAGGGCCAUCUCGGGUAUUCAGCAAAUGAACGAUGGCACUCGCACCGGGAAAGCCCUGAAUUUCACUCUGCCUUUUUUUGACAGUUCCAGAGGAGGGAGAAUUGGAAUCCAUCAGUAUUUGAUUGUGAUCACCGACGGGGUGGCCCAGGACGAUGUAGCCAGGCCAGCCAAGGCCCUCAGGGAUAGGGGCAUCAUUAUAUUUGCCAUUGGGGUGGGAGAAGCCAGAGACUCCCAGCUUCUGGAGAUUACCAAUGACCAGAGUAAAGUAUACUAUGAGGAAAGAUUUGAAUCCCUGCAGAACUUGGAGAAGGAGAUUCUUUAUGAGGUCUGCACCACACCAAAUGAGCCACCAGCCCAGGGAUGUAGCAUAGAUCUGUCUGUAGGAAUUGAUACCUCUGUUCCCACAUGGCAAGUUCAGCAGAAGCUUCAGAGGCUACUGCCAGAGGUGAUGCAACAUUUGGCCUUGCUUUCCAACAUCAGCUGUAGAAUCCCUGGUCACAUCAACACCAUGUUCCGUUACCUGGUUCCCAGCUUACCUGGCCAGCUGGCCUUUGACUCAGGCUUUGAGACGUACAGUGAGGAGGUCAUUCAGAAGUUCUUGAUUCAUCAGUCUUCCAAGAGCAGCCGUAUGGAUGUGGACUUUUUAAAGUCCCUAGGAGAUAAUGCUUUUCACCACUCUUCUGCAAAAGUAAAGGUCCUUUUAGUGUUUACAGAUGGACUGGAUGAUGACUUAGAAAGACUGAAGCAAAGCUCUGCGCUUCUCCGCAGCAAAGGAUUCUCCGGACUGCUCGUUGCUGGCCUGGAAGGCGUGCAUAAAUUAGAAGAGCUUCAGGAGCUCGAAUUUGGCCGAGGAUUUGCGUAUACCCAGCCCCUGAGCAUCACACUGCCAUCACUCCCAAGUGUUUUAGCAAAGCAACUUGACACCAUUGUGGAAAGAACAUGCUGCAACAUGUAUGCCAAGUGCUUUGGAGAAGAUGGACCAAGAGGUGUUAUUGGAGGCCCUGGGAAGAAGGGAGAGAAGGGUUUUGAUGGGCUACCUGGUUAUCCUGGUGAAGAAGGUGGACAUGGAGAAAGAGGCCCCCAGGGCCUUCCUGGACUCCGAGGAGAGGAAGGAUGCCCAGGUAUAAAGGGACCCAAGGGAGAAAGAGGGUUCUCAGGAGAGAAGGGUAGCCCUGGUGAGGAGGGGCUUAAUGGAUUGGAUGGUGAGCAGGGUAAUCCUGGAGUCCCAGGGUCAUCUGGUGUAAAAGGAGAUCAGGGAAAUAGGGGCCCGUCAGGACUCCCAGGGCGCUCUGGAGGGCAAGGAGAGCCCGGGCCAAGGGGCGAGCCUGGGGAUCCUGGCAUUGAUAGCUAUAUCCAUGGCCCGAAGGGGGAAAAAGGAAGGAAGGGACAUCAGGGACGAACUAGUUUUGAUGGACCUUGGGGGGAGACUGGAAAUGUUGGCCCACCGGGAUCAGGAGGAAGACGUGGUCUACCAGGGCUGAAGGGUGUGCGUGGAGAAUCUGGUCAUCGGGGCUUCCGAGGAGAACUUGGGCUUCCAGGCUCACAGGGACAAAGAGGAAGACAAGGACCACCAGGACUGUUUGGGCAAAAAGGCGCGCUGGGGCCUCAGGGAAAUUCCGGACCACCAGGGCCAAGUGGCUCAAAAGGAAAAGAUGGACCAAAAGGAAUGAAGGGAGAAGUUGGUGAUGUAGGAGCAAAAGGCCCACAAGGUCAACAAGGAGCAAGAGGGCAGCCUGGUCGUUUUGGUCCAGACGGAUUUGGACGUCCAGGAAGAAAGGGGACAAAGGGUGACCCUGGCUUUCCUGGCUCUCCUGGUGCACAUGGAGAAGAUGGUGACCCAGGCCACAUAGGAGAGAAAGGGGCAAAGGGCAUCAGAGGGAAAAGGGGCAGUGCUGGUUUUCCUGGACUUGCUGGAACUCCGGGUGAUCAAGGCCCACCAGGACCAGUGGGCAUCAAGGGCCCCAAAGGUUUGAUUGGUAUGACGCCUUGUGAGAUGGUUGAAUUUAUACGAGAAAAAUGCCCUUGCUCAAGAGGUGUUUCUAAAUGUCCAGUGUUCCCCACGGAAGUGGCCUUUGCCCUGGACAUGUCAAAUGGUGUCUCCCAGUUGGAUUUUGAGAGGAUGAGAGGCAUUUUAUUAUCUCUGCUGAAGAAGAUGGAAAUAAGUGCGAGUAACUGCCCAACAGGUGCCCGAGUGGCCGUUGUUUCCUACAACAACAGAAUCAAUCACCUGAUUCGCUUCUCAGACUACAAGGGGAAGCCUGACCUGCUGCUGGCUGUCAGGAAAAUCCCCCUGGAACGGUCAUCUGGCAGCAGGAACCUCGGGGAUGCCAUGAGGUUUGUGGCAAGACACACAUUCAAACGUGUGCGCUCAGGGCUCCUCCUGAGGAAAGUGGCUGUGUUCUUCCAGGCGGGCUGGGCCCAGGAUGCAGACACCAUCAGCACUGCCACCCUGGAGCUCAGUGCCCUGGAUGUCACUUCUGUAGUCAUCACAUUCACAGAAGGACACAACCUCCCAGAUGCCCUGCUGAUGGAUGGAACCAACAGAUUUAACCUCUUUGUCUGGGAGACAAAGCGCCAACAGGACUUGGAGCACAUGGCACGCUGCACUCUCUGCUUUGACAAAUGCCAGCCAGCCCCUGAGUGUGGGCCAGUGGCUCCCGGGCCCCUGGCAGCGGACGUGGACUUGGCGUUUGUGGUGGACAGCUCCCAUGGCAUCAGCGCUGACGUGUACCAUGCCGCCUUGAAUCUAGUGGCGGCUGUGCUUGAUGACCUGGAGGUGGCUACACAGCCCAGCACAUCUUACCUCGGGGCACGUGCAGCCCUGGUGACAUACACAACUCCUGGUUUCUGGCCAGGUUCAGGUCACUCCCCUGUGCUGGAACGCUUUCACCUGACCUCCUACAGCCACCGGGCACAGAUGCAGAGGCAGGUCCUGGAGGCUGCAGAGAAUCUUCUACAGGGAGCUCCAGCCUUGGGACAUGCCCUAGAGUGGACUCUUGAGAAAGUGCUCCUGGAAGCCCCACUACCCAGAAGGGCACAAGUCCUUUAUGCCAUCGUGGCCAGCGAGACUAGCAGCUGGGACCGGGAGAAGCUAAAGACUCUGUCCAUGGAGGCCAAGUGCAAGGGCAUCACUCUGUUUGUGCUGGUCUUGGGCCCAGGCGUGAGGAUGCACCAGCUGGCUGAACUGGCUCUUGUGGCCAGUACCCCCUCAGAGCAGCACCUGCUUUAUUUACAGAGCGUCUCACACCUGGACAUGGCCUAUGCCCGGGGAUUCACACGCGCCUUCCUGAACCUCUUGAAAAGUGGGACAAACCAGUAUCCACCCCCGGAACUCAGUGAAGAAUGUGGGGGCCCGAACCGGGGAGACACUCAGCUGAGAUCCACUAGGCCUCUCAAGAGGUUGUCCCCAAGCCAGUUAGACAUAGCAGGUUUUGCUGACGAUUGGAAAACACUGAAUGGAACAGGCUUUUUUCAAGAGGAGGAGAGGAGAGCUGUAUCACCAUCACUAACUUGGCAAGAAGCACUUGGCAUUUUUGGAAAGAAUGAAUAUAAUGCUAAAAACAGUGAACAAGAAAUGCCCACAAGACAAAAAGGAGCUGGAAAAGAAACUGAUUCAGGUACUGCUGAUGGUCCUUGUUCUAUGGAGCCAGUGGGAGGAGAGUGCCAGGAUUACAUCCUCAAGUGGUACUAUAACAGGAAGAAACAUGCCUGCCUUCAGUUUUGGUAUGGCAGCUGUGGGGGCAAUGCCAACCGGUUUGACACCAAGGAAGAAUGCCAAGUUCGUUGUGUCCCAAAACCCGUGUAGCCUUAGACAGAGACACAGUGCUUCCGCAUCUUUUAAUAUCCAACAAAACUAAGGCUGGCCUUGGGGAGAAGUGCCGCACAGCUCGGAAGUGACAGAGACCUCUCUGUAUUCUGAAAGGUCAGAGUCCUAACAGUCCUGAAUUUUUUCUCCCACCUACAAGGACUUAGACUAGAUGCAGUGUGACUUAAGAAGGACCGUAUCCUAGUAGUGAAAAGAACAAGUAACCAAACAUUUCCCAAUAGUUAUUUCAGUGUUUUAGAGCUUAAUUAAAAAAAGAAACUUGGACUAUACAGUUACUUUAAAUUUAGAAGAAGGGACUGUGUAACCAAAAGGAAAGACAGAAACAGUGUGAUACCAGAGAGAUAGCCCACCAGAUGGGGGUGCCUGCAUCACCAUGGGCACAACCCAGCUCCUCGUGGGAGCUGCUAAUGCUGUGGUGUCUCUCCCUAUAUGUAAAUGAAAAGGGAGACCCAGAGCUGGGAAUCAUGCAUGCGCAAGGCCCUAGCUCCAGUGGAUAUAUAAAUAAGUAAGUAAAAUAAGAUCGAUGUGAGCAGCGACUGAAAUCUAAAUUGGAAAUGAAUUAAAAUGUGAAUUUUGAGCUGGGGUGACAGCAUAAUGGUUAUGCAAAAUGAUUUCAUGCCCCCAGAUUCAGUCCCCAGCACCACCAUAAGCCAGAGCUGAGCAAUGCUCUAGUCUUUCUCUGUGUGUCUAUCUCCCUGUGUCUCUCUCAUUAAAUAAAGAAAGAAAAUAUUUUUAAAAAGAGAAAUUCAAAUUUUAUCUAUGUCACUGGAAUACAUGGAUCAAAAUGGGUCUGGAAAAAGGGGUAUGUGAAAUUUUAUCUGUACUACCGAGCGUAAAAAUAAAGGCUGCCUUCAUUAAGUCA